CUCGCGAGAGCCCUGCAGGCUAUAAAGGCAGCACUCCGCGUGGGCUUCGUACGUCCUCUUCCCGGUUGCUUCCUGUGUCUUGUGUCUCAGGAGAUUCGGUGCGGAAACUGCAAGAUGUCUUCAGGAAAUGCCAAAAUUGGGCACCCUGCCCCCAACUUCAAAGCCACAGCUGUUAUGCCAGAUGGUCAGUUCAAAGAUAUCAGCCUGUCUGACUAUAAAGGAAAAUAUAUUGUGUUCUUCUUUUACCCUCUUGACUUCACCUUUGUGUGUCCCACGGAGAUCAUUGCCUUCAGUGAUAGGGCAGAAGAAUUUAAGAAACUCAACUGCCAAGUGAUUGGUGCUUCUGUGGAUUCUCACUUCUGUCACCUGGCAUGGAUUAACACACCCAAGAAACAAGGAGGACUGGGACCAAUGAACAUUCCCUUGGUAUCAGACCCCAAGCGCACCAUUGCUCAGGAUUAUGGGGUCUUAAAGGCUGAUGAGGGCAUCUCGUUCAGGGGCCUCUUUAUCAUUGAUGAUAAGGGUAUUCUUCGGCAGAUCACUGUAAAUGACCUCCCUGUUGGCCGCUCUGUGGAUGAGACUCUGAGACUAGUUCAGGCCUUCCAGUUCACUGACAAACAUGGGGAAGUGUGCCCAGCUGGCUGGAAGCCUGGCAGUGAUACCAUCAAGCCUGAUGUGCAAAAGAGCAAAGAGUAUUUCUCCAAGCAGAAGUGAACGCUGGGCCAUUUUAGUGCUGGGCUGUCCUGGGCAGCCAUGAGAAUAAAACCUCUUUUGUACUUUUUUCAUGCUUAAAACACGAGACUUUAGAUUCAGCCAAGACGUGUGAUACAGGACACGCCCUGCCUACAGGGGUUUGGGAGACCAGCCUUUCUUCCCUUGGGUGGGAAUGGCCUGAGCUGUGUUGUGGGGAGGCCAUCUAUGUGUAUGAUGUACAAGUAGUGGGACAGUAGCCCAUUGAUCUUUUGUAGUUUCUAUUAAACUUGAACCGAAA